GCGACACCCAGGCCCCAAUUCCCAGAGGAAUUGCAGAUCCAAAACGGGGGAAACCAGGUUUCAUCAGGAGUGGAUUUUCCUGUUGAGCCAGACGGGCGGGAUCCCUCCCACUGAUGCUUGCCAGAUCCACCAGCCAGUUGCUCUCAGGUGUUUCAGGAUCCCGGGGAGCCACGCAAGGGAACUGGGUUCUGGAAGCAUCAAGACUGAGCCAGGGGUCCUCUGUCUCGCAUCUGUGGCAGACAAACAGGACCAUCUUUCCCAGCAGCAACAUUUACUGCAUCUGGCUGUGAAACCAUGUGGAAAGGGGCCGUUGUUUGCUUCCUGCUUCUCCAGCUGACGGUUGCUGUGACAGGAGGCCGUCCAUGUUCUGCCAGGAAUUUUGGGCAUGGCUCGUUGGUGUGCGAAUGUGGGGCUAACUACUGUGACACCUUGGAGCCUGUCUCCCUCCUUCCUCUGGGUUCCUACGUCAAAUAUGAAAGCAACAAAGCCGGGUCGCGUGUGGAGCGCAGUGAAGGAGUCCUGCAUGAAGACCCUCCAGGAAAAGAAACCCUCACUCUGAAGAUCAAGACAUCCCAGAAAUAUCAAAAAAUUAAGGGCUUUGGUGGGGCCUUGACAGAUUCGGCGGCGAUCAAUAUCCUGGCGCUUUCUCCAAAGGCUCAGACAAAUCUCCUCAAAUCCUAUUUCUCAGAACAAGGGAUCGAAUACACCUUGGUCCGCGUCCCCAUGGCGAGCUGUGAUUUCUCCGUGAGGCUCUAUACGUACGACGAUUCGGAGGACGACUUUGAGCUGAAAAACUUCAGCCUGACGGAAGAAGACACCAAAAUGAAGAUCCCAAUCCUUCAGCAAGCCCAAGCGGUGGCCAAGAAGCCACUUGCCCUCUACGCCAGCCCUUGGACCUCCCCAGUGUGGAUGAAGACCAAUGGGGCCAUGACAGGCCGAGGGACCCUCAAGGGGAAGCCGGGAGACAGAUACCACAAGGCCUGGGCCAACUAUUUCAUCAGGUUCUUAGACGAAUACGCCAAGUAUAACUUGACUUUCUGGGCUGUGACGGCCGGGAACGAGCCAACGGCUGGCGACAUCAUCUUUUACCCCUUCCAGUGCCUGGGCUUCUCCCCUGAGCACCAACGGGACUUCAUCGCCCAAGACCUGGGUCCUGCCUUGGCCAACAGCUCUUACAAGGGCAUUGAGCUGAUCAUUCUGGAUGACCAGAGGAUGAUGCUCCCUUACUGGGCUGAAGUGGUUCUCAAGGACCCCGUGGCAGCCAGUUACAUCAAUGGAAUCGGCAUCCACUGGUAUUUGGACUUCCUGGCCCCCAUCGACUUGACUCUCUCUAUCACUCACCAUCUUUUCCCCAAGUAUUAUCUCAUCUCUACUGAGGCCUCUACAGGAUCAUAUUUUUGGGAGCCCCGUGUGGUGCUGGGGGAGUGGGACCGCGGCAGCAAAUACAGCCACAGCAUCCUUGCGAAUCUCAAUAACUACGUCACAGGCUGGACGGACUGGAACCUUGUCCUGGACAUGGAAGGAGGCCCCAACUGGAGCAAAAAUUAUGUUGACAGUCCUGUCAUUGUAGACGCAGCCAACGAUGUCUUUUACAAACAGCCCAUGUUUUAUCACAUGGCACACUUCAGCAAGUUCCUCCCGGAGGGAACCCAGAGAAUUGAGAUUCAGAGGAGCAAGUGGACCGACCUGGAAUAUUCAGCCUUCCUGCGUCCAGAUGGCUCGGCGGCCGUUGUUGUCUUGAACAGGUCCCACAAGGACGUCCCGUUUGUGAUCUCCGACCCUGGCGUGGGCCACAUCGAGGCCGUGUCGACUGCCGACUCCAUCCAGACCUACAUCUGGGAGCGGCCCAAGGAGGCGGCAUCAGAACCCUCCGCUCAGCAAUAAAUGUUCUGCGCCUGUGAGAUGGGUUGGCGUUAGCAGGGAGAAGGGGAGAUCAGGAUGCUGCAGGAGUCCUGGGGAUGGGUCUGGCAGCUCUGCAGGAAGGCCUGUAUGAACCAGGAACUGAACGGGGUGUUUUCUCUGCAACUGGUGUUGGAUAGGUUUAACGCUCUCAGUUUCAUCCAGAGAGCAGGGGUCAGCAAACUUUUUCAGCAGGGGGCCGGUCCACUGCCCAUCAGACCUUAUGGAGGGCCGGACUAUAUAUUUUUGGGGGAGGAAAUGAAUUAUUUUCUGUCCCCCACAAAUAACCCAGAGAUGCAUUUUCAAUAAAAGGACACAUUCUACUCAUGUAAAAACACGCUGAUUCCCGGACUGUCCCCGGGCUGGAUUUAGAAGGCGAUUGGGACGGAUCCGGCCCCCGGGCCUUAGUUUGCCUACCCAUGUGUUAACAUUACUGGACCCAAGCUAGCCAUGCCCAUUACUUCCAGUGGGUCUACUCUGAGGAGGACCAGCAUCGGCUGCAAAAAAUGCCUUAAGAUCUUUGACCUGAACGACGUUGCCGAACGACAGCUUCCAUCCAUGAGUGCGGCUGGUGGAAAGUGGAUUUGAACCAUGUUCCUGUCUCCCAGCUCCCAGCAAGCAUGCCCAAGGGAUGAUGGGAGUUGUAGUUCAGCAACGUCUCAAAACCCUGCACUGGCUAUAAAACACCAAGUUUUAUAAAACGCCUCUCCUUGCUAUUUGAGUUGCCAUUCGUUCCAUAGAGGGCUUUACCAUGCCCACCUCACGGGGCUGAUCGCUUCCUCCUAUCUCAGAUGUUUUCAUACAAUAAACCAGGUUUUUUUU